CUUAAAGAGACCAAACACAAUUUUCCACCACUCAAACCGUACACCCCUAUCUCAUUCGCAAAGGCCAACCAACCAUUUUAUUUUUUUCUUUAUUUAAUUUAAUAUUUAUAAAUAACCUCUCUUAUUCCCAUUCAUCAACUUCCGCUUUUCUCUUUCCUUCGCCGCCACCACAACCACUUUUCCGGCCACUCUCCGCCCCUCCUCCGGUGAAAAUGGCGCAAUGUUUGGCUCCUUCGGUGCAAUGGCAGAUGCGGUUAACAAAGAAUGCGAUGGAACCAAGCUGUAUGUCGUCCAAAAUGUUUAACUCUUUUUCUUUGAAGCCAAGCAAGAAAGGAGCCAUCAAAACCGCCACAAAAUUUAGAAUAUGCGCUUCUGCAAGUGGCACGAUUAACAGGAUGGAAGACCUACUAAACUUGGACGUAACUCCUUACACCGAUAAGAUCAUCGCUGAAUACAUCUGGAUCGGAGGUUCUGGGACAGACGUUCGCAGCAAAUCAAGGACACUCUCGAAACCAGUUGAGCAUCCUUCUGAGCUUCCAAAGUGGAACUACGAUGGAUCAAGUACCGGACAAGCACCCGGAGAAGACAGUGAAGUUAUCUUAUACCCGCAGGCGAUCUUUAGGGAUCCUUUCCGUGGUGGGAACAACAUAUUGGUGAUCUGUGAUGCUUACACACCACAAGGCGAGCCCAUCCCUACAAACAAACGUGCUAAGGCUGCUGAGAUUUUCAGUGAUCCUAAAGUCGUACAACAGGUGCCCUGGUUUGGAAUUGAGCAAGAGUACACUUUGCUUCAACCAGAUGUGAAGUGGCCUUUGGGUUGGCCUGUUGGAGGCUACCCUGGUCCACAGGGUCCGUACUACUGUGGUGCUGGAGCGGAUAAGUCAUUUGGAAGAGACAUAUCAGAUGCACAUUACAAGGCCUGCUUAUAUGCCGGAAUUAACAUCAGUGGAACCAACGGAGAAGUUAUGCCCGGACAGUGGGAAUUUCAAGUUGGUCCAAGUGUCGGAAUUGAAGCCGGAGACCAUAUUUGGUGUGCUAGAUACCUCCUUGAGAGAAUUACUGAGCAAGCCGGUGUUGUCCUGACACUUGACCCUAAGCCCAUUGAGGGAGACUGGAAUGGAGCAGGAUGCCACACUAACUACAGUACAAAGGCCAUGAGAGAAGACGGUGGAUUUGAGGUGAUCAAAAAGGCGAUCCUAAACCUUUCGCUUCGCCACACUGAACACAUCAGUGCUUACGGAGAAGGAAACGAAAGAAGAUUGACAGGGAAACAUGAAACCGCCAGCAUUAACCAAUUUUCAUGGGGAGUAGCUAAUCGUGGCUGCUCAAUCCGUGUGGGGCGUGACACUGAGAAAGCAGGCAAAGGUUACUUGGAAGACAGGCGUCCGGCAUCAAACAUGGACCCGUAUACAGUGACAGGAUUACUUGCGGAAACCACCAUCCUGUGGGAGCCUACACUCGAGGCUGAAGCCCUCGCUGCUCAGAAGUUGGCGUUGAACGUGUAGGGUUGAUGCGUACACUCUUUGAAAGCUCGGUUUUCUGUUUCUAGUUUGAUUUCUUCGACGUCUUGUAAAUAAAGGUCCCAAAAAGUCAUCAUAUUUAAAGCUUUUUGUAGCAACUGGGUGGUUUUUAUGAGAUGAUUAUUGGACAGUUUAUGCACAUUUUGAUGUGUGUAUAAGUACACUUGGGUAUGUUAUAUUAUAUUAAUAAGGCUUGGCAAUU